AUGAUUAAUUAUUUAACUUGUAUUUGUUUUUAAUAGGAGCGUUGUAGAAAAAAUAAAGAAAAUCGAAGCAAACAAGUGAUCCCUCAUACUGGUGGUUCUAAACCUCUUUCAAGAAAAAGACAUGAGAUGUUUUUGGAAACUGGAGAGAAGCCUAGCCGUGGAAAAUUGUAUAUUGAAACCCAUAAAAAAAAGGAUGGGUCAGUAGUAAAUGAUGCAGCAAAGAGUACAGUGGAACAAAUUGAAGUGGGUUUGACUCAAAGCAGUGUUGAUGAAUCUGUAAUUUCUCCUAAUGAUGUUGUCGGUAGAGUGCUUGGGCCUGAGCAUCCUGGAAGAAUGCGAUGUUUGGGUAUGGCAGCAACUCCUACAAAUACAUUUACAAGCAACGUAGUCCGACUUUCACAUUUAAGUAAUUCUUCGACUGUUCCGUCUACAUCAUCGUCUAAUUACUGGCAAGGAGAGUACACAAAGUUGGAAAGUGCAUGUAAAGCUUAUCUUAUGAUGAAAGAAGGAAGCAUUCCUCAGGAAGUGGCUAACAUUUUGGGUUCAUCAAAUCCUGACGUUGCAAGUGAGCCUGAUUCACCGUUUAAUGCAAGAGGAUCAAGUGGUGGAAGCAAUAUCUGAUGCAAGAUUAUAAUUAGGAUUAUUACAUAUUAUAGUUUUAUCAAACAACAUUUUGUUGGGUUAUUUUAACAUGUGUUUUUGAUUUGGAAGGGUGGUCAAGAGUGAUAUUAAUUCUAUAUUUUGUGAGGAUGAAUUUUAUGCUAUUAUGAAUUGUUAAGUUACAUUUGAUAUUAGACAAUAUUUAUAUAUUUAUGUUGUUUUGAACCAA